CUGCCUUAUAAAAUGCUGAAUAUAGCUAAGAAAUUUCUGUGCAAGUCUCUGGGUAUCCCUGGAUACGGUUUGAAGUUUCUGCAUUAAGUACGACCAUCAUGGAUCAGCUGACCAUUAAAUUUCUGAGCGGACAAACGUUCUCCUUGUCCGUGAGCAUGGACACCACAGUUGGAAGCCUGAAAGACCUGAUCCAGCAACGCACCGACGUACCGACCGCUAGGCAGAGGCUCACUGCGCAGAACGGGCAGAGGGUCGACCUUAAAGACGACUCGAAAACUCUGCGCCAGUACGGUGUGAGUGCGGGAUGCGUGGUCCUGGUGCUUGUCACGGAGCCCAGUCAGCCCACUUUCAUCCAGGUGUUCCUACGAACCGACAAGGGUUUGACUCAUGCGUACACGAUCUCACCGGCGGAGACGGUCUCCCAGUUCAAGCGCAAGGUGGCGGAGAGGGAGAACAUUCCAGUGGACCAACAGAGGCUGAUUUACGAGGGCAAGCAGAUGGAUGACGGCAAAAAGCUGGCGGACUACGGCGUCAGAGCCGAAAGUACCAUCUUUCUUUCACUGCGUCUGAGAGGAGGAAACCCCGACUGUUUUGCCACGUUUUGCUAAUUGGCUAUUAAAUUGAUCUAAACUAAUUUUGAA